CGCUGCCGCCAACAUGAAGGUCUCGGCCAUAGAGUCCCGCCGGCUGCACCGGCUCCUCAGGAGCGACUCGCCCCGCUGCUUGGUGCUGGACUGCCGGCCCUACCUGCCCUUCUCGGCUUCCAGCGUUCGGGGCUCUCUCAACGUCAACCUCAACUCGGUGGUACUGCGCAGGGUUCGGGGGGGCCCGGCCCCGCUGCAUUUCGUGGUACCGGAGGAGGGGGCCCGGGCCCGGCUCAGGGAUGGGCAGGUGUCGGUACUGGUGGUUCUGGAUGAGCGGAGCCAGAGGUGGCAGAAGCUGAAGAAGGAAAGUACCGCUCGGAUAGUGUUAAACACCCUGGGGAGCCUGCCCUUGGGGCCCCGCAUCUGCUUCCUAAAGGGGGGGUACGAGUCAUUUCGGGCGGAAUACCCAGAAUGCUGCAUUGAUCAGAACCAGAGCGCUGAGGAGGAGAAUGAGACGGAGAGAAACCCCCGGCUGGGUGACAGACUGACUUCCUUCCCCAAACCGUCGUAUGACCAGGGCAGCCCUGUUGAGAUCCUUCCGUUCCUCUAUCUCGGCAGCGCCUACCAUGCUUCCCGGUGCGAGUUCCUGGCCAAUCUGCACAUCACCGCCUUACUCAACGUCUCCCGGAAGAGCUCGUCGGACUUGUGUAAGGAGCAGUACAGUUACAAGUGGAUUCCGGUGGAAGAUAACCACACGGCGGAUAUCAGCAGCCACUUUCAGGAGGCCAUCGACUUUAUCGAUACUAUAAAACGAGCAGGAGGUCGGGUCCUUGUCCACUGUGAGGCGGGUAUCUCCAGGUCUCCUACCAUUUGCAUGGCCUACCUCAUGAAGACCAGAAGGUUUCGCCUAGAGGAAGCCUUUGAAUACAUUAAGCAGCGGAGGAGCCUGAUCUCCCCCAACUUCAGCUUCAUGGGGCAGCUGCUGCACUACGAGUCGGAGAUCUUCCCUUCCAAAGUCCUCGCCCCCGUCGUUUCUUGCAAAAGGGACUCCGUCUCCUUCUUUUCCGACGAACUCAAUAUCGGAAAGAGUUACGAGGGCUCUUGUUUCACUUUCCCCACGUCCGUGUUGUCCCCCGUUCCCCUCAGGUCCCCGGUGCACCAACUCAAACUGAGUCCUAUCACGGCGACGUCUUCCUGCUGAGAUUUCCAUUCGAUUUUGCUGCUUCACGAUGAAAGACUCUGGGGUGGAACGGAGUUUCUACGUGCAAUAUAAAGCGGACUGGUCUCGUUUCCAUGCCUGUAAAUAAGGAGAACGCCAGUCACAUUUGAACCGACACCGAAAUUGCACCCGAUGCUUUAAGGACACUCGAGCCCUUAUACAAACCAAAGCUCUGUCUCUGCAGGGUACAACAGAACUGGACUGACCCAAAUCUGGCUGAAUUCUACACAAUAGUGUGUAGCUCUUUAUUGGCCGGCAGAAUGAAUGCAAGAUCUCCGCACUCGUCUUCGCCCUAAAGGAGUAAAAUACAGUUUUACCAGGACUGUCGGUAGUGUGGGGGUGUUGCCUAUGGGUCUGUAUUGUGGCCUAAACAUAAGCGUUGGGGUGGUGAGCGCUAGAAUGGGUGCCCCCUGGCACAAGUCGGUAGCCAUAUUAGGCUAACAUUGCUAUGAAUAAAUAAGUUAUAUUCAGGGAAAAUAUAUGAAGUUUCUUUGCUUCCACAAGUGAAAAAUUGGGUCAUGGGUUUUAUUAUGCAUGUCCUGUGUAUAUAUGGAACUCAACUGGCACCCAUAUCCCAUAAUCCACCCUGUGCCAACAACCUACCUACACUAUAACCUUACCCUAUCCCUUCCUACAACUGUGCCAUGUACACAGCCAAUGGAGUAGCCUGUUGCAUCCCUCACAAAAAGGGCGUUGGGUACCAUCUACCUGGAACUGCACCAACAUAUUCCCCCCCACAGUCCAAUAUACCCCAAAGCAGCCCAUUUCUACUUAAUGCUGUAUAACCUCAAUACACAUCUGAUCUCCAAUGAACCUCAUGCAUGUAUGUUUCUAUCUCUUUGCCGCACAAUCAAACCAAAACCCACAGAGCUGUUAUAGGUGAAGCCAUCCUACGUGGCCAGGGGUUUGGUAUAUUGACUGGGAGAUACUAAGAGGCCCGUUGCAGGGCUGAAAUCUUUAACACUGGAUUAUUUGCUGGAAACGCGUACAAAGCAAUUGCAUUAGCCGUCAUUCCUGAGAGCCGGCGCCCCCGCUGGUCCUUCGCAUUGUACAAGGCAAUAAAUUACUGCUAAAUGUUUGUGCGUGUGUAUAUACAUAUAUAUAUAUAUGGUUUCAUGUUUAUUUUUUAUUGUGCCAAUAAAGCGUUUUUAUAUAUAAAA